AUGAUAAAAAAUCACAUAACAAUUUUAAAUAAUUUAAAAAAUAUAAAUAGAUUUUAUACAACAAAUAAAAGUAGUUAUACAGUCAAAGGUUUAAAUAUUAAAAAUAGAAAUGAAUUAUUAAAUUUAACAAACGAACAAUUGAGCAAUAGUUUAAUAAAUUUAAAAAAUGAAACAGAUACUCUUUUAAAAGAGAGACCAGAAAUUUUAAAAGAUUUAUCAAAGUUUUUAAAUUUAAAUGAAAAUACAUUCAAAAAGAGCGAUAACACAAUCUCACCCUUUACUCUUAGAUGCUAUUUGUUGGCAGCUAAUCAAGGUAUAACAUUUUAUCAUCACGAAUUAAGAAAACAUGUAACACCCUAUGACGAUUAUGAACGUAUGAAAAGAAAGGAACUCGUUGAUAAAUUAUCAAAUGAUGAAAUAAACAACUCUAAAAAAUCUGGUAAUAAAGGUAUCUCAAUGGAGAGGGAAAUGGAAAUCGUUAGAGAGCAACAAGAAGAGCAAAAGCAUUUCGAAUCAGAGGUAGCAAAAAGUACCCAAUGGAGCAAUGGCCAGCUAACCAUCCAACCAAUUUCAGACUCGUUCUAUCAAGAUGAUGUGUUUGCUUCUUUCAAUCCUUAUGAACCAAUCGAAACUAAUAGUCAAAUAUUUCAAGUUACCAAUCGUCUAUCAAAGUUCUAUUGGAGAGAAGAUAUUACAAAAUGGGAUAUGUUUAUUGGUUCAAAAAUGAAUCAAAUAAUACCACAAUUUCAGUAUCAUAUUUUAGAGAAUAUUUUUAAAAAUAUAGACAGUUCAAAGGGUAUGGAAAUUGCCUCGCAACAACUCAAAGAUUCAAUUCAGUUCAUAUUAAACGAAAUAAAUAUUGUAGACACUGAGCUUUUUAAAAAAUUAAAUUCUCAAUUAAAAGAAUCAUCAAUCCAGCAAUCAUUCGAUUUCAGUAAAGCAAACAAUGAAGUUGAUUUCAAAAAAAUUAUAAACAAUUCAAUUAUUGAUGGUUUAAUUUAUAUGAAGUCCCAUCACUAUAGAGUAACCUCAGACCCAUUUAUAACAUUUUUCAAUAUUUUAAAAGAAAAUAUCGAUUACUUUUCAUCUCUUGAAAAGUAUAAGGAAUUUUUAGAAAAGCUUUUAGAUACCAUCUUAUUUGAAACCAUCGUGUUUGAUCCAAAUGCCCGUUUGUUAGAAAGAGAAUACAAGGUUAAAUUAGAUAUUUUAUCACGUGAGGCAAAUAGACAAUUCAAAGUUUACUACAAUUAUAAUACAAGUCCAGAUCCAGAGCGUUUUGAAGAAAGUGACCUAAGAAAGCUAUCUCAUUUAUGUAAAGCUGUCCAAAAGAAAAAUACAACAGAUUUUAUUCAAGAGUCUAAAAGAAAUUUAUCCAAAGAGGUUUUAUCAAACGGUAUUAAAAGUUUAUUACCAUUCCCCAACCAACAAAACCCGUUAUCUCAAAUCAAUGGCACAACAUUAUCAGUAACACAGUUAUUAGAAGGCUUAUAUUCAUGUAUACCUUCAACAUUGGCUUUGUUAGAUUAUUCAAUUACCAAUUCAUCAAAAGAAAAUAAUUUAUUCAAUACUAGCAGUGGUAAACUAGAGGGUAUUACUAGUGUAGAUGAUAUAGUCGAUCGUUUUUCAAAAUCAAAACACAUUUCAAAUAGAGCAAGUUUACCAAAGAGAUUUUUAGAUUUUAUAGAAAAUGAACUAAAUGUACCAUCCAUCUACAGAUUACUAAUCGAUUUAGAAGAGAAAAUUAUAGACUUAACAUCACAGGAAACUAUUUCAAAUCAAGUUAGUCCAUUGGAAAAUUGGGUUGGGGGUAUGUCAAUCGAAUUGGAGGAUAACCUCGAGGAAGAUGAUGCAGCUUCAUUUAAUAUUAUUCCAUCAAAUAACUUCAAGCUAUAUAAAAUCAAUAAUCACUUGCUUUCACAACUUCAUAAAACAUUUUCAGAAGAUAUAGAUUUACAGAUCCAAGAUAUGGAAAUGACAACAAGAAAUAAAAAAAUAUUCGAAAAACAAUUAAAGCAAUUUAAAGAUAAUAUUUCAAAAUUAAUAAUAGAUUCAAUAAAUUCAAAUGAACCAACAUUAUAUUUUAUUGGGAUUCAAGAUGACCAAGUUUACACAAUGGAAAUUCAAAAUGAAUGGGAGUCAAUUUGGAAUACUUUACUAAACUAUCCAAAUGGUAUUUCAUUAAACGAAUUCUUAUCAAUCAUCUAUAGUAACAAAAAAAUCGAUCAAUCAUUCUUUUCCACCCUAACUGAUUUAAAUAAAUUUGGUAUUGUUGGAUUAUUCCCAAAGUUUUAA